GUUUUUAACGAAAAACUUGACGAAGGUUCAGAAUUGCGAGAAACGGAAAUUUGCAACAAUUUUUAAGCAACGUGAAUUUCUAGAAAAUAACCAAAUAUUCUAAGCACUGCAAACAAAACACAGCACAUUUCAAAUACAAACAUUCAAAAUCACUAAAUUAUUUCAAUUGUUGAAAGCAUGCCUUAUUAUCCAGCGGGAUAUGAAUACUCCGAUUCUGAUGAUAGCUACUAUUGUUGGGAUGGAACCAAUUCAAGUCCUUCAAAGUAUCAAAUGGAUGCACUACAUAAAUCUCCUAAUGAGUUAAUGCAAGAGAUCUUAUUGUCAAGUCUACAUAGCAAUAAUUUAGAAGCCUUUAAAGAAAAACUUGAUCGUGAUUCUAAAUUGGGCUUUAACAUUGACGAAAAAAUUGAUUGGAACUGGAAUCUUUUAUACCAUGCUUGUUCGUCAGGUCGUUCACAGUUUGUUGAAUAUUUGAUAAACGAAAGAGGAGCAUGUGUAGAUUUAACUGCAGACAGCAUGACUCCAUUAAUGGUUACCUGUUCGGCGGAUGCGAAAUCAGAAGAAAUCCUUAAGAUUGUGAAACUGCUUGUCAAUAAAGGCGCGUCAAUAAGAAUCUCAAACACUUUUGGUGAAACUGCUUUGAUGCUCGCUUCCAAAAAAGGAUAUGCUAAUGUUGUAAAAUACUUGAUUUCAUUAAAUGACUCGUUCGAUGCAAUAGAUAAUGAAGGAAAAAAUGCGUUAUUCCACGCCAUUGACGGACAACAUGUAGACACAGCAAAGAUUCUCAUUGAAAAUGGAAUUAAUCUCAAUGUCAUUAACAGAUAUGGAUGCGAUGCAAGAAAUUAUGCAUUAAAUGAAAACCUUAUUGAGAUUUAUGGAUUGUUUCCACCUCAAGAAUACAAAUAUCAAGUGCCAGGAAGUUUUCUAAGUUACAAUCGAUUUGAAGAUAUUAUUCCAUUAAAAAAGAAUCUUAAGAAAAACGAAGUCCCUCCAUACUUUCCUGACAUUGUGAAUUUGUUGAACGGAAUGGGACUUGACAGUUUUACGACUAAAUUUGCUCAGGCUGGGAUAUCGCUCGAAGAGUUUCUUACAAUAAGUGAUGAGAAAAUGAAAGAAAUUGGAUUCGAAUUUCCUUUUGAGCGUAAUUCAAUCAAACUUGGGCUUUAUAACUUUCAUAAGGAGCAAUGGGCAGUUAAUUCACUUUAUGUUCCCAAUUUUAUGGAAGAAAUGAGCUUAUUGGAUGUCAUGAUGAUUUUAGCAAAUAUUCUUCGUCAGAUUGUUAUAAUUAAAUCUCAAAUAAUCUAUAUAAAACAAUUGGGUUCAAAAUAUGAUCUUGGUGACUCUUACAAAUAUUUCAACUUAGAAUACAUGUCAGAACUUCAAAACAACAUCAGACAAUUAGAAAAAAAGUUUAAAGCAAUGAAUUCAAUGUCAAAACCACUUCUGAUUACUAAGGCUGAAAAGAAAGUCAAGAGACGCUAUGGAACAUUAAUGAGAGCUGUCAUCAUUGCUACAACUUCAAUUAUUUUCGUAAGUGCCAUUAUGGCUUCAAAAAGAAUUUUUUAA